UGCUCAAGCUUCCAAAAAUUUGGAAUGCUGAAGCUGUAGCGAUGUUUGCACCAUGCCACCAGCGAGGUCCCUUCCUGCGCUUCGGGGCUUCCCUUCAAGUUUUAGAAAUCGCUGGGUUGCUCACGAUGAGCGCUGCCACUCUUUGUCCGGCCACAUGCUCGGCAACAGUGGAUGGCUCGUCGUGGCCCUGCAGAUAUCACGGCAACGGUUGCAAGGUGAACAUCACCAACACAGAUGCAUCACGACUGGUCGACAUCAAUGUGGCCGUCAUCAACCCGUAUGUUGGUGGUCUCGGCGAUCUCAUGACAAUGGUAGAGCCCUCCAUUGCACAAGCAGUUCAAGACAUCGAAAGCAGCAGUUUUCUGCCAGGUUUUCGGCUCAAUGCCUACCUCGUGGACUCGAAGUGCACGGUUCCCGAUGCCACAACUGCUGCUGUGGCAGCCAUGACCACAGGACCCCAAAAGCACAUCGUUUUCAGUGACUCCUGCAGCGCUGCGUGUGAAGCCGUCAACGAUGCGCUGCGCCAUUUCCAGGUCCUCCAGGUCGGUUCCGGCUGCGUUUCGGUGAGCUUGAGCAACAGUGAUCGCUACCCAUAUUUCACCCGCAUGGCACCGUCGUUUCGCUUCAAUGUGCUUUCGAUCUACGAGCUUUUCAAGUUUUUAGGUUUUCAACGGAUUGGAACUGUCUACGGCUACCGUGGCAUUAACAAUUUGGCUAAAGAUUUGCUACUUGAGAUGAUGGCAAAUGACAACGCUGCUGGGACAUAUUCGUGGACAUCGCUCUUUACCCACAGAGUGGAGUUUAUCGAAGAUGCACAAGCUGCUGUAGAUUUGGCCGCCAGCAAGGAUUCAAGGAUUAAUAUGAUGGCUCUCUACGAACUGGAGGGCUCCAUGCUUCUGUGCCAAGCCUUCAAAAAGAAUAUCUUGACGCCAGACUUCAACUGGUUUGUGUCCUCCGGAUGGUGGAAUGCAAACUACAUCACGCUCACUGCUGGAACCGAAAAGGUUCCCUGCACUGUGAAUGAGUUGCAUCGGGCGUCGUACGGUUUGAUCGCCAGUGAUCGUGGGCCGAUGCUAAACACGGCAGAGAUCCAUUCACUGUCAGGGAGAAGCCUUGCAGAUCUGUACAGCGAAUACACUAACCUCUGUGAGGGCUUCGCCAAUGGAAAGGGAUCUUGCAACCAUCAGUGGGCAGGUUACUUCUACGAUGGAAUGUGGCUCAUUGCGUCCAUUCUCCAUACCUUUCUGAUUACUCAGAACAGGUCUUUCAGCGAGUUGGCCACAAGUCAGUCAUUGCAAGACCUCUACGAGCUGUCUUUGGGGAUCGACUUCUAUGGACAAACGGGUCGCGUCCGACAGUUCAACUCAGUUGAUCCCAAGACCACGCCGCCCUCCUAUGGCGAUCGAGAUGGCAUUGUUCUUCUCCGCCAGGUGACAGGACCUCCAGACUCUGCCUUCAUCCAACUGGCCUUUCGAACGGAGGAUGGUCUCGAUUUUAAGACAGAUGUUCUCUGGAGCUCGACAGAUACAAACAAAAAGUUGCCCUGUACUGGCACCACCUGCAAUUUCGCUGGCGGUUGGGUGCCACCAGACAGGACGACUCAGUGCGAGGCAGGUCGUACCUGGACGCUGACAGAUGGCUGCAAGAUGUGUCCUGAAGGCUCUUUCGCUUCGUCCGGGGCGUGUGAUCUUUGUUCGCCAGGGACCUUCAGUGGCGCACCAGGAGCUACGGCCUGUACUCCAUGUGGACUGGGGAACUACACGCAGCUGCGAGGAUCAGUGAGGUGCUUUCAAUGCUCUGAAGGUAAGUACAUCAACCAGAGGCAGUCGACAGAGUGUCUUGAUUGUCCCACAGGCACCUAUGCCAACGUGCGCGGCCUUUCGCAGUGCACUGCUUGUCCUCAAGACACCGAAACCGCCUUCGAGGGCGCUUCCUCAGAAGAUAUGUGCGUUUGCAGCUCCGGUCAGCGACUACUCAAUCACAUCUGUGUUGCAUGUGAGAAGCAAGAAAUUUGUGAAGGUGGGCGCAUCGUUGGCUUCAGGCCGACGAAUGAGGCCUGGAUCAACACGUUGGAUGUGGCUGGAGCCCAACGAGCUCUAAGCCAAACGCGUCUCAGCCGUCGGGAUGUGUCGGGAUCAAACUUCAAAGAAAUUUUGAACUCGCUGGGGAUUGCUAAGAACUUCUUUCUGGUCGCCUUGGCAAUUCGAGUAGAGGAAAGCAAGGCGAAUAUGAUGAAUGCCAUCACCAAGUUCGACAACACUCUCUCUGCCAUGAUAAGUGGUGAUGAGAAUCUCAAUAUCAUCGCGUCGCCGAACCAGGACGUUUCUGAACCGAUUCACAAAUGGAACUUAUUCGAGCACAACGACCAGGAGGUAUCAGCUGCGCUGGAAGCAACGCGGAUUCUUUGGAUACCCCUUAAGUCUCUAAUGACGGAGAAGGUGGAGACCAUGGCGAGUGGAGUGGUGGAUAUGGUUGACAUCGUGCACGUUGUGGAGCAAACCACAUUGCUGAGGAUGUCAGCACAAGCUGUCGUCGAUGCUUGGGGUGAAGCUGCUUCAACUGCUGGUGCACAUUUGAAUGGUUUGUUGGUCGAUAUUGCUGGGCGUCAGCGGAUGCUGAUCCAAAGGAUGUGCAAAGAAGCUUUGAUCAUUGCCCUCGGAGUCUUGGUAUCAGAGACGAGAGCAACACUGACAUCAGUGGCAUCUCUGUUUGAAGAGACACAGGAGGGACUCGUGUUCGGCAUCCCGGCAGUCGGAAUUCCCCAACUGCGAUCCAUGUGUACGAUGCACCAGAUGGGUGAGGUGAGCUUCUACUUCCGACAGGUUCGGCCCUACAUCCGCGAAAUUACCAAUGCACCAACAAUUCAAGAAAGCUCCUCCGUAGCUGCACGGGUUGCGUCCGAUCUCGCCAGCUUGACGGAUCCGUUUUUCCAAAGCAUGGCCGCUGCUGUGGCGCUCUUCAGCAACGAUACAGCAUCAUGCAAUCCGCUGGAAAGCAUCACAGAGAGUGAAUGGCUGGCACUGACCGAAUGCAUUGCGAAUUCUCGAAUUGGUGUCACUGAAGCUAUGCGGCACUAUAUGCAGAUUGCGAAUGGCUUGGCCGCCCAAGCAAGCAAAGUCGAGCUGUCGGUCCUUGUGGCCGAGCAAUCACAGCUGCUUCAAGACUUGGUGCAGGGCCGGAAGUUGGAGAACAAGCCGGCACCUCCAACCCAGCAGAUGCUUGACAAAUUCAUUUCGGUGACCAACAUGUGGAACACCUUCUCGGUGGGUUUAGAAGAAGCUGUGCGGCAAACAACCAUCCCAGAGGUGGAUGUGGCGCUGCAGAUCCGUUUGCAAAGUUCUUUGCUACAGGAUUUGAACGACGUCAUGGAUUUACAAGUGCAAGCUGGGGCUGCAGCAGGCAGCACUGUACAGAUAAGACUCCUGGAUCUUACCCACAGGCAACAAUUUCAGUUUCACAACUUGCCCAUCCAGGUGUACAAGGUCCUGUUUGGAGCAAUACCAGCCGAGGAGUUGAAUACCACGGCGCAGGCCUUCCGUUCACUUCGCCGGGAGCUGAUUAUGGGAGCUCCAGCGACAGAUGAACGAAUGGCCUUGCAGAAAAUCACAGAUUUGUGCAUCGUCCGUGGUUUGGCAGAAGUGAUGAACAACUACUACCAGUUGGAGCGAGCGUGUUUCCAGAUCGUGAGCAACCAAUCAGAUGCCGUGAGCAUCGUGAAUCAAGUCAGUCCUGCAGGCGUUGCUGCAAUGGCAUCAUCUUCUAGUGACAUUUACCAUUUCUAUCAAGGACAGCCAGCCAGUUGCGGGAACAUCAGCUUGGCCAAAGGCGAUUGGGAGCUGCUGAUGUCGGAGGUCACCGUGCUGGCAGGUCUGGCUGAGGAUGCCAUGACCGCCUUGAUCUCGCAGACCGUCACUGGUGAAAUGACUGCCUUGAGAGAUUCCAUGGACCGCCUCAUCAUGGGUUCACCACAUCCUUUUGUGCCAGUCCAGCCUACGCAGGCACUCUUCAACCGAAUCAUCAACCAGUUGCAACCCCUGGUGGAAACCUUCCUGGAAGCGGACGCGACUUAUCAAAUGGUGGAGCCCCAGGAGACUUCGAUCAUAGCUCAGGCCAAAGGUCUCUUGCGCUCGUACUCGGACAAGGCACUUGAGCUUGAACCAGAAUGGCCUGGCCAAAGAGUUCGAGUUGCGAUGUGGCAAGUGGUUCUGGCCAAAAAAGUCUACAAGGAGGCUAUGGCAGAACGCUUUGAUGUUGGAAGACAGCUCUCAUCGGCUGAACAGGAAUUCGAGACGGCGCACCAGCAACUGAAAGAUGGUGGUAGUGGUUUUGCAGCUAUCAUCGAUGAGCGAGAGGACUUGCUUGGUCAGUGGAACCGCAUUGGGGCUACAUGGGCAACUUUCAAAAACAACCAUGACGAGACUUGGCCGCUCUGUUGA